CUUUAACGCGGGCUGCUGAGGAGCGCGAGGAAACCCGAGAGCCAAACUCCACCCAGCUUUACUGGGGCAGCGCUGAGCACCAGGGGGAGGGAAGGCGCGAGCCCGGAAGAGCCACACUCACAUUCUUUGGCCGGGAUUCAGAGAGAACGAGAGAGAGAGAGAGAGAGGGAGGAGUGAGCGAGCCUCAGUCGCAGUGAGAGAGACGGAGGGAGAGAGACGGAGACAGAGAGAGACAGAGGGGGGGGCGAGUCUAAAGCGGUCUGCAAGUUGCCUGCUCGUGUUUUUCGAGCGCGCGACGCUGGAGGGGAGCAGCAGCAGCGCGAGCUCCACACUGCGAGACGUUUUCCUUCGCGCGCGUGUGUGUGUGGUUAAGUGUGUGUGGUUAAGUGUGUGUGUGUGGGUGAGUGUGUGCGGCGGCGGCGGCGGCGGCGGCGGCUAUGGGCGCACGGGAACGUGCAGGUGACGGGGGCGCGCCCGGGCUGCGCUCGCUUUGACCAGCCACGAAGGAGCGGAGCGGAGCGCGCGACAAGCAAACCAGCGAGCAGGAACGCUUCGUAUGGAUGUGUAUACGCGCGCGAGUGCGUGCGGUGCGUGAGUAAGAGUGAGCGAGUCAGAGAGUGAUUGAGCGCGUGCUUGCGGGCGCCGUACGGGACUCUUUCUGGAGUUUUUCUUGUUUCUUGCCCCCCCCCCCCCCCCUAUCAUUUUUGUGUGCGCGCGCGCGCGAGGCGACACCCCCGUGGUGAGGAAUAGGAAAGAAUGGAGAGCGGCGCGCGGCAGAUCUUCCAGCCUCACGCGCGCCUGCAGCAAACCCUCAGGCAAUUUCACCUGAGCUCCAUGAGCUCUCUGGGUGGUCCCGCGCGCUGGCAGCACCACCACCACCAAGCCUACCGGAAGGACUUGGCGGAUUUAACGGAGAUCAGCGACCGGGACGCGGAGAUCCGGGUCGCGCGCCUGCCCGUGGCCCCCGUGGCGCCCUGCCCGCUGCUGGUGCCCUCCGACCGCUCGACGGAGCGCUGCGAGACGGUGCUGGAGCGCGAGACCAUCUCGUGCUUUGUGGUGGGCGGGGAGAAGCGCCUGUGUCUGCCGCAGAUCCUCAACACGGUGCUUCGCGAGUUCACGCUGCAGCAGAUCAACGCGGUUUGCGACGAGCUGCACAUCUACUGCAGCCGCUGCACGGCGGAGCAGCUCGAGAUCCUCAAGGUGGUGGGCGUGCUGCCCUUCUCCGCGCCCUCGUGCGGCCUCAUCACCAAGACGGACGCGGAGCGGCUGUGCAACGCGCUCGUGCAUGGCACGGGCACGGGCGGCGGCGGCGGCGGCCGCGCGCCUCGCUACGCCAAGCUGGAGGAGAGCGGCAUCAAGGUGUACCACGAGUGCUUCGGCCGGUGCAGGGGGGUCCUGCUGCCCGAGCUCUACACGAGCCCCGAGGCGCCCUGCAUCCAGUGUGCGGACUGCGGCGUGCUCCUCGCGCCGCGCAGGUUCGUGGCGCACGCACACGGCGCGCCGGAGAACCGCACGUGCCACUGGGGCUUUGACUCGGAAAACUGGCGCGCCUACGUGCUGCUGCGCGCGGGGGAGUACGCAGGGAAGGCGCGGGAAGAGGGAGCGGAGCAGGAAAAGGAGAGGGAGCGGAUGGAGGUGCUGUUGGAGGAGGUGAAGGAGAGGUUCGACUACACGGGCAGGUUCAAGAGGAGAGCGGCCAGGCUCUCUGAUCCGGUUCCUGUUAAGAAGGCGAAGCUGGAAGAUUUCCCGGCUCUCUCCCCAUCUGCGGACAAAGACACACAACCUGAUUGGCUGCGGUCCCUCUCUGCAUCGGCCAAUAAGGGUCUUAGCUGUAUUCAGCCCAGACAGAGACCCUCAGCGUUCAGGCCGUGGUCUCCAAACAUCUCCACCAGCGAAAAGGACGGCAAGCCAGCGAAUCUGCUGCAGGACAGUUUCUAUAACUAUAAGAGUUUAGAGAGCGCUGUGGCUCCGAACGUCACGCUGCCGCCGCUCCAGAAGCUUCCGCAGGUUUCUCCUCCUGCCCCCGCCCCUGCCAUCACCCGCACGGCCGAGUCCGAGCUGCAGCCGGAUGGAGCAGCAAAGCCGAGGAAACGCAAACUGACUGGCGACACCCAUUGCUGUCCAAUCACAACGGCUGGCCGUCCCCCACCACCUCCCGCCGAGGAGAAGGACUCGGAUGUGGAGGUGGAGGUCCGAGAUGAAUUCACCUCCUCGCUGUCGUCCCUCUCGUCUCCGUCCUUCACGUCCUCCUCCAGCUCCGCUAAAGACAUGAGCUCUCCCAGCGCGGUGCCUGGACCAGUCACCGCAGUACCCGUCGCCUCGGCAGUGGUGGGAUCUGGGGUGGCCACAGCGCCCGUCGCCGUGACAGUCGACGGUCCGGUGGCUCUGGACUCCGAGCUGGAAACUCUGAGGCAGGCUCUAGAGAAUGGAUUGGACUCCAAAGAGUCAAAGGAGAAGUUCCUGCACGAAAUCGUGAAGAUGAGGGUGAAGCAGGAGGAGAAACUGGGCUCAGCUCUGCAGGCCAAGCGCAGCCUACAGCAGGAGCUGGAGUUCCUGCGUGUGGCAAAGAAGGAGAAGCUGCGCGAGGCGACAGAGGCGAAGCGGAGUUUGCGGAAGGAGAUUGAGCGUUUGCGGGCGGACGGAGAGCGGAGAAUGCGGGAGGCGAACGAAGUGCGAGCGAGGCUGAAGAGGGAAUUGGAGCAGGCAAGACAGCUACGAGUCUGUGAUAAGGGUUGUGAGGCGGGACGGCUACGCGCUAAAUACUCCGCUCAGAUCGAGGAGCUCCAGAUGAAGCUCCAGCACGCAGAGGCGGACCGCGAGCAGCUCCGGGCCGACCUGCAGCAGGAGCGGGAGGCACGGGAGCACCUGGAGAGGGUGGUGAAGGAGCUACAAGAGCAACUGUGGCCUAAAACCGUGAACAGGGAGAACGCAAACACACCAGCGUCGACACCAACAACACUGUCCAGCAAGGACUCCAGCAACUAAGUCACUCCCUCAAACACAGAUUCCCUGAGUGACCAUGGGAGAAAAGUGCGAGUGGACACUGUUAUAACGGAACGAACACGUGUUACUGUUGAAAGCACUGAAUCAAAAAGUUAUCGGCAUAGAACAAACAAAAGAAGAAAAAUAGCACAAACGUAUUCUUGUGCAUGCAGAACAGACUUUCAUAAUUGGAAUGAAAAGGAGAAUCCAGCAAAUCUUCAUUUAGUUUUCCGGAGGAGCGCCGGAGCAUGCUGCCGAAGUGGAGCGCUCGUUGUGUGUUUGUUUUCUGUUUUUUUGUUUCUUUGUCUUUGUUUUUCUAUGCUCCUCCUGAUGAAAGCAGUUCACUUUGUAAUAAGCUAUUUAAGACUUUGCUUAUGUUACGACAAAAAAAAUGUCAUUUUCGGUGGCGAAAAAGCCUCAAACGUUCCCUUUUGUACCGUAAAGGGUGCGGCCUUCUCCCGUGUCCUGCCUCAUGCUUGUCAAACAAAGCCAUCGCUGGGGGUGAACCCACAAGCGGAUCUUCAGAAGCGCUUGGCGGGGUUCGUUGGGUUGUGCGGGAGGUUUCGCUUCACUGUGCUUUUCUAUCGCUGGGAUGCUAACAGUUAGCGCUAUGCUGAGUCGUUUCCUUUUCAGGGCUGGACGUAUGGACGUUAUCAGAAACUGCAGAAAUGUUCUGUUUGAGUAAAUUAUAUGUAAAUAUGAAUGUUUUUCUUUCCUUUUUUUAACUUUACAGUAAUAAAUCGCACUUUGUCAUAACAGAAUAUCGCUUAGCCGCUAACCUCCACCUGUACAUUUACCUUUAUUUCACCAGUGUAGAAAAGAAAUGAGCUUUUUUUCCUUAAUUAUAUGCAACACAGUUACAUGCAAUGUAAUCAUAUGUUUAAGGCUAAAUAUUGUAAAUAAACAUUCGGCAGAAAAUAUGCUUGCUUGCGUAAGGGGUGGGGAGGUGGGGGUGUCCGAUCCGGUUCAUUUCAGUUUUAAAUACUUUUGUUUUGUUUGCUGUUUUUUUUACUGUAUUACAGCCUACAUUUCAGCUCAUUCGUUUACAGAUAGCGAGGGCAGAAACGGACGUCCGCCGUCUUUACGGUGGCUCUGAGUGCUCGCACUGACAAUCGUCGGGCUUGGUAGACGAUUUAGGGUACAGUGCGGUCGGAAUGUACGUGGCGUUUUUGAAGCGUUGCCGCUUGAUGAUUUUUGACAUAUUUUUCCCAGCGUAUGUUCUUGCUGGACUUUUUCAGUAGCUCAUAUUUUCUUUUAUAUGCAUGAAAGUUUUGAAUUUGACGAGAAAAAAAGUCAUCAGCCAUUCAUAUAAUCAUAAUUAUCGGGCAUUAAUAAUAGUGUUUAUAUCUUUUUCUGUUUUGAUUGUGUUAUGCAAUAUUCAGCGACAUCCCUCCAUCAGAACAUCUUAGAUUUCAAAAUAAAAGCACGCAAACACACGUACACACACACAAACUCAAAUAUACAUACUCAAACACACACAGACACACACAUACACACACACACUCAAACACACACACAGACACACACUCUCUCUCACACACACACAAACUCAAAUAUACAUACUCAAACACACACAGACACACACAUACACACACACACUCAAACACACACACAGACACACACUCUCUCUCACACACACACAAACUCACAGGCUCUAAAUGUAGACUUCUCAGUGCACACUGUAAUGCUGGCGAGCCCUAAGUGCCUGUGUUUUGGCGCUUGGUUUCCAGAAUUUGAGUGUUUUUUACAUUUGCACUUUUACCAGAACUUGAUCAUCUUUGCUUAAAUGCAGCAAUUUUGUCAGUAUUCCUUUGAUAUCUUCUCUUUUUAUUAUAAAUAAGUAAACAAAUAAAUGAAUAAAUAAAUUAUACACAGUCUAGUGCAGCUUUUUCCUCUGGUAUCUUCUAUCGGAAUUGCUUUUUAGUUAUUUGUGAAUAUUCUUAUUGAGAUUUCUCAAAUAUUUUUCCUUUUUUUUUUAAUUAGGAAUAUUAAGGUAUAUUUAAAUGAUAUAAAAAAUAAAGGUUAGUGGCUUAUAGAGACGAUACACGCACAGCCGCCAGGUCUAUGACUAAUGAUAAGAAUAAUAAUACUGAUAAUAAUAAUAAAGCCCAGCGUUUUGAAUAAGAUCAAACAAAAUGAAAAGCAUUUUCACUAUGAGGCUGUUUUGUAGUUGUUUUUCACUCUGUGUACUUUUACUUUGUCUUUUUUUACAAAAGAAUAAAAAAGAAAAAGGGAGGGAUUGUCGGUACUCCCGAGUUUACGCCGAGAACACGGUAAAAUUUCUAAUUGAGAGCCAUUCUUUUGCUAAUAUGCUAAUCUGAGAGAAUAACCGAGCAAUAAUCGAUGUUAGGGAAGCAAAGCUGGUCAGUGUGAGGAUUAAUCCCAGUCACCGCUGUAAAUAUCUGUCCUCCUUUUUACACUGUUGUAUAAUGACUGUAUGUUGUGUUUUUGUUUUUUUCUUUUCCUCUGAAUGAAAAUAUCCGACGGCUGUCCUGUUUUACACCGGGGCGUUUAGCAGAACACAGGUGUGGUUUGGCUCCGGCUCUCCGGUGCGUUCUGUCCUGUGCACUGCGUUUCUUACUGUUCUCUCUGUUUCGUUCUGCUUCGUUGUUUGUUUUGAAGACGUUUAUUUCAUCAGUGUUGUGACACAGAAGUGUCAUUUUCCCGGCUCCGGUUAAAUCCGGAAGUGUUUUUACCCCUGUUUAAUAUCCUGGUUCAGUUCUUCAUCAUCUUAGCCCUUCACUGCUGCUAUAACGAAAUAUUAUAAACUUUACGAUUUUACAGCACACCUA